CAUCAACCAUAUCACUUUCGUCUCAUUCUCACACAUUACACAAAAAGAUUCCUCCCAAUCAUCACCAUCACUCCUCUAAAUCCCACCCAUUCAAAACUCCAUUUCCACCACCGUCUACCUCUUUUCUCCACCGAUCCUCCACCUCCACCUCCACCAAGAUCUUGCCAUUUGGGAUUGGUCACCUGAAGUUGGAAAUGUUUAAAAGUUAUGGAGCAUUCUGAUUUACAAGCGAUAUCAUGUUGCAGUGCUUAGAGGGAUUCAAGUCUUUACUUGCUUCUGUAUUACGUUGUUGUGACAUUGAUAUUAACCAGCCAAGAGGCCUUGAGGAUCCUGAAGUUCUUGCAAGGGAGACAGUGUUCAGUGUUAGUGAAAUAGAAGCACUGUAUGAGCUCUUCAAAAAGAUCAGCAGUGCUGUAAUUGACGAUGGGUUGAUUAACAAGGAAGAGUUUCAAUUGGCAUUAUUCAAGACGAAUAAAAAAGAAAGUUUGUUUGCUGAUCGGGUGUUUGAUUUAUUUGACACAAAGCACAAUGGGAUACUGGGCUUUGAAGAGUUUGCUCGUGCGUUAUCCGUUUUCCAUCCAAAUGCCCCUAUUGAAGAUAAGAUUGAAUUUUCUUUUCAACUAUACGAUCUCAAGCAGCAGGGUUUUAUUGAAAGGCAAGAGGUGAAGCAAAUGGUGGUUGCAACACUUGCAGAAUCUGGUAUGAAUUUAUCCGACGAUGUUAUAGAAAGUAUAAUCGAUAAGACUUUCGAGGAAGCGGAUACAAAGCAUGAUGGCAAGAUCGACAAGGAAGAGUGGAGAAACCUUGUUUUGCGCCAUCCGUCACUUUUGAAGAACAUGACCCUUCAAUAUCUCAAGGACAUCACAACAACAUUCCCGAGCUUUGUAUUCCAUUCGCAAGUAGAUGAUACUUGAUGGGCAAGUAUUUUGUUGAUAGUUUUCACCUUUGGUUCUCUGCCUUUGUGCUAUAGAGUCACAUCUCUUUCCUUUUUUUCUUUGAAAAUAUAGUUGGUUGAUUUGCUUACAUUAAAUUGAUUAUAUAUUUGAGGUAUUUGGUUUGAUGGAUUCAUUUGCUGUGAUCAUUCAAUCAUUCAGACUUAGUUCAUGUAUAAUCCGGUCAAUCGGAUUCCAAGUAAUAAUUCCCCAAAUGUUUUAAAAACGAACUGUUCAAACA